CCUGCCGUGCUGCAGCCCGGCCCCGGCUCCUCCCUCCGCUCCCCGCCCGCCGCGCCCCUCCCCCGCGCCCGCUCCGCCUUGCUCCGGGCAGGUAGAGCCGGGCUCUGGGCGCGCGCUGGGGCCGCAGGCUGCUGCCACCCCACCUCGCCUUCGCUCAACGCAGAGCCUCGCGCGCCCAUGGCGGGCUCGGAACAGCAGCGGCCGCGGCGGCGGGACGACGGAGACUCGGCCGACGCGGCAGCGGCGCCCCUGCAGGACGCGGAACUGGCCCUGGCCGGCAUCAACAUGCUGCUCAACAACGGCUUUAGGGAGUCGGACCAGCUUUUCAAACAAUACAGAAAUCAUAGCCCGUUAAUGAGUUUUGGAGCCAGCUUUGUCAGUUUUUUGAAUGCCAUGAUGACAUUUGAGGAAGAAAAAAUGCAGUUGGCAUGUGAUGACUUAAAAACGACAGAAAAGCUUUGUGAAAGUGAAGAGGCUGGAGUAAUUGAAACAAUCAAGAACAAAAUUAAGAAGAACGUUGAUGUCCGAAAAUCCACCCCCUCUAUGGUUGACCGGCUUCAAAGGCAGAUAAUCAUAGCUGACUGUCAAGUUUACCUGGCUGUGCUCUCUUUUGUAAAACAAGAAUUGUCAGCAUAUAUAAAAGGUGGGUGGAUCCUUAGGAAAGCCUGGAAGAUUUACAAUAAAUGCUAUUUGGACAUCAAUGCCCUCCAGGAGCUGUAUCAGAAGAAGCUAACGGAGGAGCCCUUGACUUCAGACGCUGCAAAUGAUAAUCACAUUGUGGCUGAAGGGGUGUCUGAGGAGUCCCUAAACAGACUGAAAGGUGCUGUUAGCUUUGGAUAUGGCCUUUUUCACCUUUGCAUAUCCAUGGUGCCCCCAAACCUGCUCAAAAUCAUCAACCUGCUGGGUUUUCCUGGAGACCGCCUACAGGGGCUUUCUUCACUGAUGUAUGCAAGCGAAAGUAAGGACAUGAAGGCCCCUUUAGCUACAUUAGCGCUGCUCUGGUAUCAUACUGUAGUCCGCCCGUUUUUUGCCUUGGAUGGCAGCGAUAACAAAGCAGGCCUGGAUGAAGCAAAGGAAAUUCUUCUCAAAAAAGAAGCUGCUUAUCCAAAUUCUUCCCUCUUUAUGUUUUUCAAGGGACGCAUACAGCGAUUAGAGUGUCAAAUCAACAGUGCCUUGACUUCCUUCCAUACUGCUCUGGAACUUGCAGUAGACCAGAGGGAAAUCCAGCAUGUGUGUCUGUAUGAAAUUGGUUGGUGCAGCAUGAUAGAACUGGAUUUCAAGGAUGCAUUUGAUUCCUUUGAGAGGCUAAAAAAUGAAUCCAGGUGGUCCCAGUGCUAUUAUGCGUAUUUAACCGCAGUUUGUCAGGGAGCCACCGGCGAUGUGGACGGGGCCCAGAUUGUCUUUAAAGAAGUCCAGAAACUCUUCAAAAGGAAAAACAAUCAGAUUGAACAGUUCUCAGUGAAAAAGGCAGAGAGAUUUCGGAAACAAACCCCAACCAGAGCGCUCUGUGUGCUGGCAUCCAUCGAAGUGUUGUACUUGUGGAAAGCCCUUCCCAACUGUUCCUUCCCCAACCUCCAGAGGAUGAGUCAAGCUUGCCAUGAAGUGGAUGACUCAUCUGUCGUUGGAUUAAAGUAUUUGCUUCUUGGUGCCAUACACAAAUGUCUGGGGAACUCAGAAGAUGCUGUUCAGUUCUUUCAGCGAGCUGUUAAAGAUGAGUUGUGUCGUCAGAAUAACUUAUAUAUUCAGCCAUAUGCUUGCUAUGAACUUGGCUGCCUUCUGUUAGACAAACCAGAGACUGUAGGAAGAGGCAGAACCCUCCUCCUUCAAGCAAAGGAGGAUUUCUCUGGCUACGACUUUGAAAACAGAUUGCAUGUCCGUAUCCACGCUGCUCUGGCCUCGAUGAGGGAAUUGGUUCCUCAGUGACAGACCCGAGGUUCCCGCUCUGUCCCUCCUCACGCAGGGUCUGCACUUUAAAAGCAGAGGACACAGCUCUUGGAAGAUUAGCUUUUCUUCUGAAAACCACCUGUGCCAGGGACACAUUUUCUCAUUUAGGCUGUUGUAUUAAAGAUCUCCUCUUUUAAACACAUAGCUAAAAAGUAAUAUGAUAAAAGUAAUAACAACUAACCACCUGGGGAGAGGGUUAAGUGACCUUGUUCAAACAUUUUAGUUUUGUGAUUUAUUAUUUUUAAAAUAAAAUUAAAUAUUCAACCUGU